GAUCGAUAGAUCCUAUAGGACAUUUGAACGAUAUAUUCCAUACAUUGCAAGCAAAAUGAGUAACAACAUCCUCAUCCUCGGCGCUACCAGAGGCCUAGGCGCCUCUCUACGAAAGCUCUACGCUUCCAACCCAUCCACCAAGACCGUCUUCGCAACCGCACGCGGGAACUCUGCCCCAGAAAGCAACGAAUCCCGUACCACAUGGCUCACAAACAUUGAUAUAUCCCAACCAGACGUCGGCCAGCAACUCACUGCUCAACUCCCAUCGUCCACCAAGAUCUCCACAGCAAUCAUCUCAGCGGGAUACUUUGGCUUCGAAUCAUUCGACAACCCAGACUGGGAGAAGCAGGUGAAGAUGUACACCACGUCUGCGGUCGGUCCGGUGUUCGUGGUGCAGAGUCUUGUGAAAGCCGGAUUUCUGGGUGAAGGGAGUAGGGUGAUUCUGGUUAGCAGUGAGAGUGGGAGUAUUACGCUGCGGCAUGAAAAGGAGGGCGGAGGGAACUACGGACAUCAUGCGAGCAAGAGUGCGUUGAACAUGGUGGGGAAGCUGCUUAGUUUGGAUUUGAAGGAUGAGGGUGUUGCGCUGGGCUUGGUGCAUCCGGGGUUUAUGCGGACGGAGAUGACCAAGAGUGUUGGGUUUGAUAAGUUUUGGGAUGCUGGGGGUGCUAUAACUCCCGAUCAAUCAGCUGAGUCACUCGCUUCGUUUAUCGAGGGCUUUGAUAUCAGCAAAACUGGUCAGUACUGGGCACCACGAGGUCCAGGUGACAUUGGCACUGCGGACGAUGUACUUGGGGGCGACUUGCCGACGCCGUUGCAAUUGCCUUGGUGAUGGUGUGCAUGAUGCAAUAUCUAGGUCUGCGAAUCGUGCAUAUACGUGCAAAUUUGACAUGAGUUAUGAACAAUUGGAUCAUCAUGAUCGAGAGCAUUAUGGUUACCGUUUAAGAUCAUAUACCGUCACAAGGUGGUCUACCAGUAUAUAUAUAUAUCAGAUGGAGAUUGAUGGUAUGGCUGUAGAGUAAACAAUCGAAUCGAGCUACAUGCUAGACGAAAAUCCAAUCCGUAUAUAGUCUCGAAUCAACAUCAAGCCUUCUUAUUUCCC